UAUAUGAUGUUCAUCAUUUUAUUGUCAUUAUACCUUUCAUUUUCAUGCAAAUUUGCAUGGAAUUUCUUGAUAAGUGCCCGAUACUUGCGAAUAAUAACAACCCAAAUACCAGUAACACCACAGUCCACAGAAUAUAGCAACACCGACCUGUCGAGUGUUAAAGGUGGCUUAUCACCCGGACUGCGAUGAUAGUACGAUUUGUAAAUACAACAACGGAUAGGACUCGGCAGGUACUACUGUACUAUCCACUAUAGGUAGUAGGUUGUAGCCUGUAGGAUCGACAACUGCGCCUGUCGAUUAUUGUUAUGUACUAUGUAGGUGUUUGCCCGUAGGCAUACAAAUAAUGUGAAUUAUUUAAUUUUCCUAGUCGUCAUACGUAUUGUUUUCGUCGCCGUCCAGAUGCCACUGAUAAUUUACCUUUAAUCCAGCAACAGGAUGCCCCUAGGACACGCCGUGGUCGUUUGGGAGUGGGAAAACCGGAACGGCCGAUGGAAACCUCACAGCCCCGAAGUGGCACAAUUGCUCGAAAGGGCUCAUUUCAAAAAGUUAACCAGAGUGAUACUGAGAGAUGCCGACCCGAACAUGGAAUCCUCGUUUGUCAAUUUGCGUACGAUGUACCAGUGCUCUGAAGAAAACGAAGGUGCACUUUUGGCCGUACGCAGAUCUUACUAUCCGGCCAAUGCAUUGCCUGGCAAAGGAGCCAGAUGGGAAUGGGCUGGUGAUGUACCUGGAGAGUGGCAUACAUAUGAUAUGGAAUCCCAAUGCUUCCUAGAAACGGCUUGGGCAAUGGGCUGCCAAAUUAUAGAUGUAAGCCGAACAUAUUUAGGUUUUCCGUACACAAUAAAUUUUUGUAAUUUAACUCAAGUACGUAAUGACAGCGGAUAUAAACGCAAUAUUAGACGUGUGAACCAAGCACCAUACCCACUAGUUAAAAUACAAUCAGAUGAAGUUAUUCAAUUUAAUGAUAGAGCAGUUGUAGACACCAUAAGAAAUUUAUCAUCAAAAAACGAAACUAUUAGAAAAUCCAGUUCAGAAUAUAUAGAUACAAUAACUAAAAAACAACUUCACUAUAAAAAAAACAAACAAGUAGUUAAUGAUAGCCAUCACAGCGGAACUAAUAUAGCUCGCACCUUGUUAAGUAUUUUUGCUAAUAAAAAUCCUUCAUCACUGUCUAGAGAAGCUCAAUGGCCAAUAGGAACCACGGCAACUAAAAGCUAUACUGAAUCAAUUAAAUCAGAUUCAUCUAUAAUUGAUUUAGACUCAAGUAGCAUUCGCAGUGGUAGACGUCCUAGUGUAGAUACUAUUUCAACUUAUUUAAGUCAUGACAGCCAUGAACUUCGCACAUCACGAUAUGAUCUUUUGGAUUAUUCUGGUGGCAGUAUUGGAAGUGAUGAUGCUUUUGAAUGUCAACAGAAAUCAGACGAUUGUAGAAGUCAAUCAGUUGUUGGAGUGAAUUCAGUAAGUGAAAAAUUAUCUUGCUAUGUUCAAAUAGUGGAUGAUUUUUGGCCAGGACUUGACAUGUUAUGUCCAUUUUGUCAAGAUCCACUUAUCUCAUCAAAUAAAUCUAAUAAAAGCCUGGUUAUAGCUUUGAGCAUAUGUCAACAUCGAAUGCAUCUCACUUGUCUAAACUCUAUUUUAAACAAUCAACCUUAUUCUAACCAGUGGAUGUAUAUUCAAUGUCCAAUCUGUAUGAAAGUCUAUGGAGAAAAAAGAGGUAACCAACCACCAGGUGCUAUGAAGUGGACAUAUUUAAAUAGGUCAUUACCUGGAUAUGGUAGUACAAGAACUAUUCAAAUCACAUAUGAAAUAUCAUCUGGGAUUCAAGGUGAGGAACAUCCACAUCCGGGCCGUCCAUACUAUGCUCUAGGUUUUCCACGAAUUUGUUAUUUGCCAGACACAGAAAAAGGAAGGCGUGUAUUAUCAUUACUGAGUAAAGCUUUUGAAAGGCGAUUGGUAUUUACAGUUAGACUUUCAAUAACAACUGGUAAUGAAGAUGUUGUUGCAUGGAAUGGUAUCAUUCACAAGACAGACUUUGAUACCAGAAUGCAUCAUGGUUUUUUAGAUGAAUGUAUCGAACAAUUAUCAGCACAUGGUGUAGUUUGAGUAAUUUUCUGGAUAUAAAUUGGGUACUAAUUCUGUUUUAUUUUCAAACUACUUUAUUAAUAGCAUUUUUACUCACUUAAUUACAAUAUAGUUCUUGACUAUCGUGUAAUAAAUAUAGAACAUAUUUUGUUCUUAUCCUAAUUCUUGCGCUAUGUGAAAUAGCAAUGUUAUAGUUUAACUUUAUAUUAAUUUUGUAUGUAGGCAUCUAGUGGCGGUUCAUCCCAUAGAUGUGCCUGUCUGCAAAGAUAAGGUCCUUCAAUAGAUUUUAAUUCUAAGCAACAAGUAUUAUACUUAUCACUUAUAUUCAAAAUUUAAAUAAGUGUCUAUUCUAUAAUAAAAUCAUACAUAUGCCAUAAAUAAUUUUCAGUCGUCAUAAACUGUAAUUUGUAUUCAUAGAAGUGAAAGCAGAAGUAGAAUGUUGUUGGUACAUCAAAUAAGUAACCAUAAAAUUAUGUUUUUAAACUAAAAUAAUUGAAAUUCUUCAGAACAAUGUCGACUUUUAUGUCAGGAUUAUACAUUUAUAGUUUAUACUAAUGUAAUUAUAUUAUAUGUGUUCAAAAAAAUCAAUUUCUUAUAUUUUCCUACUUAUACUUAAACUAUAGUUAUAUUACCAAUAAGUUGGUUGUUGAUACUUGAUAAGUAAUUUAAUAUAAUGUAUUUUACAAUAGAUAAUUUUAUAUUUAUUAAGGUUUACUAAAAAAAAUUGUACAAUUGUAAAUACCUACGUCCUACAUAUUGUCUAAAAAUGUAUAAUUAUAUCAAGUGCAAUUUUUAUAUAAUAUAUCCCAUAAAGUAUUAACAAAGUUUUAACACAUUUGCUGCGAUAUUUGGCUGUAGCUAAAAUCAAGACUUCUUUAAUGGUGAUAUAACACUUCAAUGUGUUACUGAAAUAGUUUUACUUUAACAAAAAAUUAUU